AUGUGCUGUGGAGGUGUUGAAGGCGCAGAACCAAACAAAGGCAGCCUCCAAGACAAAGGGAGGGGCAUCACACUACUCAAAGCUUAUGACCACAGGAAGCCACAUGAAGGGAAAUCGGCAGCAGUUAAAAAUACAUCUGUCUCUUCAUCAGGUCAGUCUCAGAUGGUUGGCCCUUCUAAGACAAUACUCGCGAUGAUUGAUGAUGACAUCAUGUUGCCAUGUCACCUGGAGCCUGCCACCGAUGUUGUUGCGAGGACACUGGAGUGGGCGAGACUCGACCUGAACCCCAGGUUCGUCCACGUGAGGCGUGAUGGUGUGGAGCUUUUGGUUAAUCAGAACCCAUCAUACAUGGGAAGAACAUCAGUGUCCACUGACAGACUGAAGCACGGAGACAUUUCUCUGAAACUCUCCAAAGUCAAAGUCUCUGAUGAGGGAAAAUACAGAUGCCACAUUCCAGCACUGGGUACAUCUGCAGUUGAUCUUGUUGUUGGUGCGCUGUCAUCUCCUGUUGUGAUCAUAGCAGAGAUUGAUAAACCCAUCAGGAGAGUGGUUCUGCAGUGUGAGUCUAAAGGCUGGUAUCCAGAGCCUGAGGUGUUGUGGCUGGACGGUGAGGGAAACCUCCUCUCUGCUGGACCUCCAGAGACAGUCAGAGGUCCUGAUGACCUCUAUACUGUCAGCAGCAGAGUGACUGUGGAGAAGAGACACAGCAACAGCUUCACCUGUAGAGUCCAACAGAAGAACAUCAACCAGACCAGAGAGACAGAAAUUCGCAUUCUAGUAACUCUGCCCAGGUGUGCUGCAUUGGCUCAACGAGAUAACAAGGUGCACCGUGACAAUGUAACUAAGACGUUACAGGAGAAAGAGGAAGAACAUAAAGACAUGCUACAUGUGGUUUCAGUAUUGAAGGAACACAAGAAAGAACUGGAGAUCUCGGAAGGCAAACAGAUAUUACAGCUGGAGAAGGUGGUGGAAGAGAUGAGGGAGAAUGACAAGAAACUUAAAAAAAUAGACAGAAAAUACAGUUGGGACAAAGAUAGCAACAAGAGCACUCUAUUACCAGCCAGCUUUGCGGUGACUCUCUAA